AUGAACGACCCCGGCGUUGACGAGCCCAUCAGCAAUGCCGCCCAAGACCUGGAGCAAGACCCCUACGAGGGCACCGAGAAGCAGCGGGAGGAGGAAGAGCAGGACUUCCUCGAUCCAAGCCGAUGGUGGUUCGCAUCCACAGCAUGCCCGCUCCUCGCCGGAACCUUUGGCCCCCUUGCCAACGCCUUCUCUAUCUGUGCCUUGGUGGAGAAGUGGAGGGUGUAUAUCCCGCCUGGCAUGGACGAGACCGUUGGAACGCCGGUUCAGGAUCCCUCAUGGCUGAUUGCCAUCAACGCAGUAUCCCUGGCCUGCGCUCUAACGGCUAAUCUUGCCCUGCUUCUAAACAUGGCGCGUCGUCUCAAAUUCAACAUCGCACAGCCUAUUACCAUCGGAGGCUUUGCUCUCGCUGCCGUUCUACUCAUAGCUCUUGUCGCCGUCGCGUCCUCUUCAUACUUCCGCAUGCCACCCGCCGAUGCCCAUGCGCUCUCCCAAGCCUUCUACUAUGCAAUCAUCGCUGCAUCGUUGUAUGCCAUCAUUUCGAUGCUCAUGGUGCUGACCGUCUACGGCGCGUGGAAAGGACACUACAAGACAGAGUUCCGCCUCACCAUCAGUCAGCGUACAUUGAUGCUGCAGACCAUCAGCUUCUCCGUUUACCUGCUACUCGGUGGCCUGGUGUUCAGCUAUAUUGAGGGCUGGGAGUUCUUGGACGGUGUGUAUUGGGCUGACUAUACGUUGCUGACCGUAGGACUGGGCUCGGACUUCCCGCCCAAGACCCACCUUGGCAGGUCUCUUUUGUUUCCGUUUGCCAUCGGCGGUAUCCUCAUGGUCGGUCUCGUGGUCGGCUCCAUCCGCUCCCUCGUUCUUGAAAGAGGAAAAGCCAAGUUGGAGGCAAGAAUGACCGAAGUCAAACGAGAGAAGGUUUUGGGGAAUCUGGACCCAAGCAAGCAGACGGUCAGGAUUGGAAUGUUCCAGACGAUACACUUCUCGUUCGAAGGGCUCUCUGAGUUUGAGAGACGAGAACAAGAGUUUCAUGUCAUGCGUCACAUCCAGAAAUCUGCUGAACGGAGUCGGAGAUACACGGCGCUUGGACUUUCUAUCGCAGCGACCUGCGGUCUAUGGUUCAUAGGCGCAGUGGUAUUCAGAGCUUCCGAGGGCACCCACCAGGGUUGGUCGUAUUUCCAAGCGCUUUACUUUUCCUACACCUCGCUCCUCACGAUUGGAUACGGCGACUACUGUCCUAAGAGCAAUUCCGGGAAGCCUUUCUUCGUCGUUUGGUCCAUCAUCGCUGUUCCAACACUGACCAUUCUCAUUUCAAACAUGGGGAACACUGUGGUAAAAGGGUUCAGCGAGUUCACCAUAUGGCUCGGGAGCUUGACGGUGCUGCCUCAAGAGAGUGGUUUCCGGGCCACUCUGAAAUCCAAUCUAGCAGGGGUCCGAGAUAACUCGUUGUUCAAGAAGGACAGCAGCCUUCCGGAGUUUGAGAAGCCCCCUGGGUUCCUGCCUCACAACAGCAACAAUCAGCAAGAAAGAGACCGGAUGGGAUUAAAGGAUAGGGUCGAAUCAGCGGCUCUCAAUCGAUUGAUGGAGCACCUUGAGGAAGAAGAGCUCGCGGAAGCCGAAGAUGCGGAAGAAAAACAUGACGAGCUUGCUCGAGACAUUCACUUCUACCAUUUUGUUCUCGCCAAGGAGACGAGAAAGGUCAUGAAGGAUCUCAAUGCAUCUCCGCCCAAACAAUAUUCCUAUCAGGAGUGGGCGUACUACCUGAAGCUUAUCGGUCAAGACGAGGCCAAUCCAGGCGGACAUCGCAAGCCACCGGCGAAACCAGAAAGAAAUAAGAAUCACAAAGCUGAUAUCGGGGCCGGCGCAGGGACAGCCAGGUUUGACGGUGACAAAGUGUACGCGUGGAGCUGGCUAGGUACUAGGAGCCCGCUGAUGGGAUCCAAGUUGGAAGCGGAGUGGAUCUUAGAAAGGCUGUCGACGUCACUCGAGCAUGAACUAAGGACGCUGAAGUUAUCGAAAGCAAGAGAGAGGAUGGAGCCUCCGCCGAUUUCAAUGGCAGAUUUGAAGAGAAGGAAGUUAAGCGGCAGUGCCGAGAAGUCCGAGUGA